CAAACUACUCUUAACCAAGCCAUUCAAUCUCAAAUGAUUUCUCUUCUCCACUUGAUCAUUUUCUUCUUGGUUGCUCUUGAUCCACUUGCUUCAUCUCCUAGCCCGACCCAUAAACCAGGCUGCCCCGCCCGAUGUGGGAAUAUGAUGAUUCCAUAUCCCUUCGGAGUCGGGUCGGGUUGCUCUCUAGGGUCGUCGUUUAACAUCACUUGCAACACCUCCACCACCCCUCCCAAACCCUACCUCAACAUCAGUGGAGUUAACUUAGAAGUGGUUGAGAUAGGAAGUGAUGACCCGACCCGGAUCCGGAUCUGGUACCCCUACCUGCUUUAUGGAGUUUGCUAUGAUCUAACUUCAGGCAACGUAACGUGGGAAGAUGGGAGUUACAUUGACUUGUCGGAGACCCAAUAUACGUUGUCGGAAAACAACUGGCAGACCACCAUCGGCUGCGAUGAUUUCGGGACGGCGAGUACAUAUCGGGGCCGAGAAGAAUACCGCGAUGCCUGCGUUGGCUAUUGUUCAAUUUCAGCUAAUAGGUCUAAUGUCGGCGUUUGCCCGAACAACGGUUAUAGCAAUUCCGUCGGCGAGGGCUGUUGCCGGGUACCCAUUGCCAAAGGUACCCAGCUCCUUGGUGUCGGUUUACUUGACCUGACUAAGAUCCUGAAUCGUACGAGGCUUUUCCCUUGUAGCUAUGCCUUUGUGAAGGAGAAGGGAAGCAUCAACGAACCUGCCUACUCGUAUAACCUCAGCAUCCUGCAGCAAAGGUCCGGAGCGUUCUUCGAAAAAAAUGAAGCGCUGCAGGUGGUGCGUCUGGAUUGGAGGAUCGGCGACCAGAAUUGCUCUCAAGCACACCGGAACUCGACUUAUGCAUGCCAAGCUAACUCUCAUUGUGUUGAUUUUGGUGCUGAGAUUGGGGGAUACCUUUGCAACUGCUCGAAAGGAUAUAUCGGCAAUCCAUACCUCUACCAAGGCUGCACAGAUAUAAAUGAAUGUGAUGAUAAUCCAUGUGCUCCACAUGCGAAAUGCAAGAAUAUUCACGGCUCUUUUAGCUGUUCGUGUGAUAGUGGAUAUAAUGGUGACGGUAAGAAGGGUGGAAGUGGUUGCACAAGCUCAAUGAAAUUUGUCCUAAUAGGUUUAGGUUCUGCGUUGGGACUUGUACUACUUCUUUUACUAUGUUAUUGGUUGCUUAAAAUGUUGAAGAAGAGAAAAUAUAAAAAACUCAAAGAAGAUCUCUUCAAACACCUUCUUCUCCUGCAUCAACAAACAGGUCAGGGAACCUUUGGGAAAACCAAACUUUUCAAUGCAAAAGAGUUGGAGAAAGCCACCGAUCACUUCAACAAGAGCCGAAUCUGUGGACGAGGAGGGCAAGGCAUUGUCUACAAAGGAAUGUUAUCCGAUGGCACAAUCGUGGCAAUCAAGAAACUAAAUAAGGUUGAUGAGAACCAACUUGAGCAGUUCAUCAACGAGGUCGUGAUACUGUCGCAAAUCAAUCAUAAGAACGUGGUCAGAUUAUUAGGGUGUUGUCUUGCGACUCAGGAUCCUCUUCUUGUCUAUGAGUUCUUACCAAAUGGGACGCUUUUCGAUUCCAUUCAUGAUCCAAAACCCGAAUUCCCGCUCACAUGGAACAUGCGGUUGAAAAUCGCCACAGAUGUAGCAGGGGCACUGGCGUACUUACACUUCGCGUCUUCUGUACCUAUCUAUCACAGAGACAUCAAGUCCACCAAUAUUCUUUUGGAUGAAAAGUAUGUUGUCAAAGUGUCGGAUUUCGGAAUUUCCAAACUUGUUGAAGUGGACCAGACUCAUCUAACCACGGUGGUGAAAGGGACGUUUGGGUAUUUAGAUCCAGAGUAUUACCAAACAAGCCAGUAUACAGAAAAGAGCGACGUAUACAGCUUUGGAGUAGUGCUUCUCGAACUUCUGACAGGGCAACGACCGAUAUCAAUGGAGAGAACGGAGGUGGGAAGAAACCUAGCUUCACAUUUUCUUGCGUAUAUAGGAGCGGACAACCUUGACGCCAUUUUAGACGCACGGGUUUUAGAGGAAGGUGGAAAAGACGAGGUGAUUGCAGUUGCAAGGCUUGCGAGAAGAUGCUUGAAUGUUAGGGGGCAAAUGCGGCCAACUAUGAAAGAAGUUGCUACGGAAUUGGAAAGUUUAGUAAUGUCUCAAAUACAUCCAGCCAAUGAUAUGGAGCUCGAAGAAGAAGCAAUAGUGUCUGAAGCAAAGGACAUGGAGUUUUCGGACAUUGAAUACUCAUGGACAAGCAAUGUUCAUGGUGUGGCCACAUCAUCAUCAGAUGCACAUCCCUUGAUGUCUAAUGACUAAAGUGGUAUGAUUGCACUUCUUUCUCAUUAUAAUUGUUGCACUAAUAUACUCAUGAAUUCUUUUCUUAUGUAUUUUGUGUAGUACUAGAAGACUUCUUGUUUGAUAGUAUGUUAUUUUUUUCUAUUUUUGGUGACAAUUAAACUCUCUGAGUUCAUAACUUUAUAAUAUGAUAAUAGAAUUAAUAUGGUUUCUUUUA